GUUCGCAGCACAUCGCACCAUGAAGAGUAUCGUAUUCACCGUGUUGGCUCUCGCCCUUACCUGUGCCACCGCUAGUGCGCAUCGGUAUGCGCUCGCCGAGGAAGAGGAAGGUUACGAUCCAUUUCUGCCCUUCAUCGCCGGCGGCACCAACGCUGUCAACGGACAGUUUCCUUCGAUCGUAGCCGUUGGUUUACCGGCACCGCCGAACAACGCAUUCUGCGGUGGAGUGAUCCUCAACGAGAACCAUGUCCUAACGGCGGCCCGCUGCGUUCUAACGCCCCAGAACACACUGAUCUUCGCAAACCAGCUCAACAUUCUGUCCGGCAUGCUGCAGCUUAACUUCGCUGCACCUCGUAUCGGCAUCACCGCGGUCUACGUCCAUCCGCAGUACAACCCGUUCACGUUCGAGCACAACAUUGCGGUGCUGCGGACGAGCUCGAACUUCUUCAUCCCGAUAGUGCCGGUGCCGAACUUGGACUUUGCGCAGUUCUACGAAGAAAUUGCCUUCGACGGGCAGGCUUGUCAGGUGGCGGGAUGGAACAAUGCGACCGCAACGCCGGUGCAGCAAUUUAUUAACGCACCGAUCCUGAACCGAGACACGUGCAACGGGUUGGCGAUACAUCUUGGAAACAUUCGCGAGUCGAUGAUUUGUGCUGGUGCGACGAAUGCUGGACCGGGUGUUUGUGCCAGCAAUCUCGGUACGGGGCUGUUCUGCGAGGGCCGCCUAGCUGGCAUCCUGUCGACGGGGCUGGGCUGUGGUCAGGCUAACAAUCCGGGUGUGUAUACGCAGAUCCGCUUCUAUCUGCCCUGGAUACGGGAGCAGUUUUCGCGGCAAGACAUACCGCUCGGCGGAUCUUCGCCCAUUCCGGUAAUGUAA